AUGCCUCCAAUGCCGUCUGAGGAAUACCGCAGUCGGUACAGACUUACUGAGGAUUUGAAAAUCAAAUUUCUGGGUCCUCUCGAGCCCGAAAAGUGGCCGACUCAUUGGCCAGAGGCACGCCGACGCCUCUUCCACGACAUUGUUAAGCUCGGCGACUCGAAAUUUGGUACCUUUGAAUGCACUUAUUCAAGUGAAAAGCCAUGGCGAGCCCAAAUCAAAAGAAGGGCAGCGAAACUGGCGUACCUCGCCAGUCGGUGCUGUGACGAGGGCAAGAACGAGCCGAGCUGGAGGGCGUCGCUAGAACAUGAAGUGCUCUACCGGUUCACGGUCGAGGUAUCGUGUCCAACUUGCCGAGCAAGACUGUGGCGCUCAGAGAUUGAGGCUGCCAUUGAGUCUAGUGAUUCCCAGGCGUUAUCGCUGGACGAGCGACGGAAACAUCGUAUGCCCUGCCGCUGUCCUGAAGGCUUUGGCACCACAGAUUUCCACGGCGUCAACAUGAUCUUUUCCGAUAGAGCAGAGACCUCAAUCCAUUACCAACCGCCGCUCCCCAUCAGGUCUCGCAGCAAAGGCUACAAGAAAUACGAGCAGCCGGACAGAGUAUACGGAUUGAUUGAGACGCAGAACAUCAAGACACUAUUGGACUCGCCGUAUCAGAGAACCACUGACAGCCAAGUGAAACAGUUGCGUGACCUCCUGGAGGUGUCACCAUUUAAAGGUGACCGCAAACCACUUCUCUUCCCAUUUCUGCUCCUCGAAGCCAAAUCCGCUACUGUGGGUGACUCAGCGGGCGUGGAAAUGCAGUCAGCUUUUACCAUUCAUAGACUAUUAAAGGUGCAGGAUGAACUUCGUGCUGCGACGCGAGUUGAUAGCAUGUGGGCGACGGGGCCGUUGGUGUGGUUUUUCGGAUGGCAUGGGCAGGAUUGGUAUGUUAAGGGUAGUUUCAUAGACUAUACCAGCGGGACCCCCCAUAGAUACUGCAUCGUUGACCUCUGGCAAGGCAACAUCUCCCAACAAAGCCGUGCAUUGCAACUUCUACUCGUCGUGGAUUACAUAUUUGAUUGGGCUCGAGAUAUCUACAGACCAUGUAUCAUCAGGGAAUUGUCUAUACUAGCAGCCAGAGAAAUGCAGCCUUGCGAUCCGGAUAUAUUCUCCACCGUUGACCGGAGUCAGUCACAGAUCGCAUCGGAGUUGCCUGGCUUCUCCUGGUCACAGGAGUCGGACUCUCUGUAUGUGAGUACGACAGGGCUCGAGUCUGGGCUCGGGGACACUCAUCCGCUUUCUGGAGUGGUGCGAGAUGCUUCCAAUAUUGAAACAAGAUUCCUGAGCCUCCAUAUCACUGAAGCAAAUAUGGACGAGCUGUGGGUCUCCCUGCCAGCACACCUGCGGGAGUCUGCAACCACAUUCGUGGACACAUUACGACCGUCUCUAGACAGCUCAUGGCGAGUUACUAGAAAGACUCUGUUCUCCAUCCAAGCUGCUUGGACAAGAAAUGUGAAUGCUCCAGAAUUUGCAGGGGGGAGCAAUACAGAUAUCGCGUCUGAUGAGAUCUUCUUCACUAACAUCGUUAUUCUUUUCCACAUGACAGACGAUUGGACUCUUGUCCGGCAACUUACAUAUCUCGCCAUCUCCGAAGGCGCUCUGCAAGUACUGCUAUUACGACAUAGCCUUCCCGGGCUAUUGCGGGAUCUAGAGGCGCAGAACCCCAUCAUUGACGACUCCAGCAUUGAGCCCUUCAUUAAGUCCAUAAGGAGACAGACAAUCGCAAGCAGUCUAACGGCCGCUGUGAGCAUGCUCUGUAUCUCCAGCUCCUUUACCCGAGGCCCUGGCCGGAUCCCAGGAAAGUGGCUCCUUAGCAAGGCCAAGAACAUCUAUGCCGGGUUUGUGUUCGACAAUUCACCGUCGACUCUAGAGAUUGUGGCCUCUUUCCACGAAACACGUGAGAAAUUGAUCGUGAAUUAUUUUGAUGACCCCUAUCUUGUUUAUUCGCGGACGCGAACCUUCCUCUCAGCCGAUAGCCCUGAGCAGGGCCUGUGGCCGCGACUGGACUCUAUAUGUCAGGACAAGCAUGGAUGCGCGUUAGUUGAGAGUCUCAACCUGCCUGAUAACUCUACAGGUGCAGGUGCAAGAUUCUGCGUCUUCAUCAUAUCUAAGUAUGAUUUCGACCGGUCUGACGUUGACACGGCUACCAUUGUCAGAGGCUUGGCGGAGGGGGAUAGUUUGGGUUUGCUGCUGGAGUGGCUAGAAGACCUUGGUUCCCAAUCUGGAAGGGCAGGAUGGUCAGGGGGAGGCCCAGGGGAGACACCAGAUUCGCCUAUUAUGAUAUCAUCAAGCGAGGAGUCGGAGGGAGAUCCGAUAGAAGAGGACUAG